GGGGGGGACGGACGACGAUGGGGGACCCUGCGUCAGUGCAGGGCCGUCCCCUUCCCCUCCCCGUGCGCUCGGCUCUGCCUCCCGCCAGCCUCCCACGCCUCCCGCGAGGUGCGGCCGCGCUACAUAAACACGGCCCUGCCGCCGGUGCCGGGGCUUUCCGUUCGCAGCCCGACGGAGGAGCUUGUCCGGCAGCGGGCAGAGGCGCGGCUGCGGGGAGCUCAGCGGCAGCGCGGCUCCGGCGCCAGACGGGGCGGGAGGCUCCGGCGGGCAGCAGCGGAGGGCUGCGCGCUGCCCCGAGGGCGGCGGCCCUGCCGUAGCCCAGGCGGCCGGAGGAAGAGGAGGAGGAAGGGCGUGGGCUCCGGCAGGCUCGCUCCGGUAUGGCCCUGGCGGACAGCGCCCGCGGGCUGCCCAACGGCGGCGGCGUGUCGCCCGCGGCGGGGAGCGGGGCGCCGGGCAGCGGGGCGGCGGCAGCGGCGACGGGCGGCUGGUCGUCCUUCCCGGAGAUCGUGGAGCUGAACGUGGGCGGGCAGGUGUACGUGACGCGGCGCUGCACCGUGGUCUCGGUGCGCGACUCGCUGCUCUGGCGCAUGUUCUCGCAGCAGCAGCCCAGCGAGCUUCCCCGGGACAGCAAGGGCCGCUUCUUCCUCGACCGCGACGGCUUCCUGUUCCGCUACAUCCUGGACUACCUGCGGGACCUGCAGCUGGUGCUGCCCGAGCACUUCCCCGAGCGCAGCCGCCUCCAGCGGGAGGCUGAGUACUUCCAGCUGCCCGACCUGGCUCGGCGCCUGGCGCAGACUCGGGCGGCCGCCGCCCGCCCCGCCGCCCUGCACCGCGACGGCUCCAUCUGCGCCGAGGAGCCGCCGCUCCUCGGCUACCUGGAGGCUGAGCCGCUGGAAGGAGGCGGCGGGGCCGUGGCGUCCGCCCCGUCGCCCACCGCCAGCCGCAGCCCCUCGGGCGGGCCGCUGCUCACUCCUUCGCAGUCGCUGGACGGGGCGGGCGGGCGGCGCUCAGGCUACAUCACCAUCGGCUACCGAGGCUCCUACACCAUCGGGCGGGAGGCGCAAGCUGACGCCAAGUUCCGGCGGGUGGCCCGCAUCACUGUCUGCGGCAAGACGGCCCUGGCCAAAGAGGUCUUCGGGGAGACCCUGAACGAGAGCCGGGACCCCGACCGCCCACCCGAGCGCUACACUGCCCGCUACUACCUCAAGUUCAACUUCCUCGAGCAAGCCUUCGAUCGACUCUCCGAGGCCGGCUUCCGCAUGGCCGCCUGCUCCUCCACUGGCACUUGCGCCUUCGCCCCCGAGCAGGGUGGUCCUGCCGAUGACAAGAUCUGGACCAGCUACACCGAGUAUGUUUUCUGCCGGGACUGAGCGUCCGCCCAGCCCGUGGCGUGAGGACAAGACAGCCGCCCCUGCACACCCUCGUACCUACGGUCCCCUCCCAUCCCGAAGGAAGGAGGAUGCGGAGGGGGGGCCAUGUAUCCCUGUGCUUUUCUCACCCCGCUGUCUGCCUCUACGCACAAGGCAGGCCAGCCCCGGCGCAGCCCCCACCCCUCUUGCAGCACUUCCUGACGGCCCCGGGGGCAGGAGGUCACUGUGUUGUGCCUCGGCUGUCGUGUUCCUGCUUGGCCACCACGUCCCUGAUCAGCCACCAUCACCCUCCCUCCCACAUCUCCCAGUAGCUGUGUUGGUAGCGAGGAAGAAGUAUUGGGAGUAGACAAAUACCCGUCCCACAAAAGCGUGCAUCUGCACCCAGUCUUUGUCCCUCUCCACACACAGAGCUCUGUCAGGGUGGGGCGUUUUAAAAAUCAUCCAGUUAGGGGCUGAGCAGCUUUAAAGUUGCUUUGAGCAACUUCUGUUGAAGAUGGCAUGACAAAUGGCUGUCUUUUGCUGUCCCAAUACCCUUACAAGGGAGUUUUGCCUUGGUGGGCAGACCCCAAAUGGUCCAUUUUUAAUUCCCCCCUUCCCCCUCCACCCCCAUCAAAAUGAUGCCUGUCUGCGAAGGACUGUCACAUAGAAGGGAAGCCUGACUGUGAGGGAUUUGCACUGGCUCAUACUUUAUUUGUUGAGAUGAGUAAUUUUGCAGGAGGCAUGCAUGUGGCCCUUUACAACUGAUUGCUUCCAUCUCCCCUCUUUGCUCCCCAUGUUUCUGAACUCCUCUUUCCAGGCUGUUAAACUGGACCAGGGCCUGCACAGCGAGCAUGUAAGGCUGAUGUGAAAGGACAGGUUUGCUGGAUAACAAACCAUUUGGACUAUGAAGUGUCCUCAGAGACGUGUUUAUUCCCUUGAGAGGUAAAACAAUGACACUUUGAAGAAUUAAAGUGCUUGUGAAUCGCAACCUCCAUGGGUGGUCUGAAGUCCUUAUAAUUCUCUUGAAGUUACUGUCUAUAAUAUGGACAUAAAUCUCAAUGCAUAAUUUCCUUAAACACCCUCAAAAUGAUGGGAAUGAGGUGAAACCAGGCUUAUCUGAGUAAAGGUAGGGCCUGGGUCCUGGGAAGUUGAAAUCAUGUACCUUGAAUUAGUGCAGAUGUACAUUAUAAAUGUCACCAGGAGAACCCUUGUUAAUUUUUGUCAUGUUAGCGCUGUAAAACUCUGAAGCCAGCAGAUGACAAAAAUCACUUUUUUAAGAACAAUUUUCUUAGUUUUCAUAGCAGUAUUAUCUGGGCACUGACACUGCUAAGAGUUGCAUACCUCUUCCUAGACAAACUUACUGCUUCUUAGAAAGGAUUGAGCCCUGUCCUUAGAAAAACAAGAAUGAUGCCAACUUUCUUCAGGGGAAAUUACCCCUUCUGAGAUGUAUUUUGUUACUGCUGUCUAACAGUCUUUCCCAGAGGAGGCAGUCAGAGUCUGCUUUGGAACUGAUGAUCUGAGCCGCAGGUUUUACAGUAGGGAAGACUGAGAAAUUCUUUCUGAUAAAUUCUUGAAGUCUAGAGUAUAAAAGCACUUUCCUUUAAAAACCUAAACUUGAUUUAAGAAUGUUUAUAGCCUGUUCAGACCAUCACAGAAAAAUAUCCUAAAUAUAUCUGAAGUGUUGAAGAAUUUAGCAGUACAUAUUAAAGGCUUGAAGUUAUGUUUUUAAAACUCUCGAAAAAUAAUUCUAGUUCUAGUUCUAACUCCAAAUUUAGAAAUACUGCUAGCACUUGUAUUCUAACCAAAGAAUUUCACAGUAGGGUUUUUUUAAAAAACCUUAAUUCCUUUGAAAACAGCUAUAGCUACAUUUCUGUCGAGUUUCAGUGCUCAGUCUCUGUUCACCACUUGGUCUUUCAUUAAGUGCAUGGACAACUACCAAAAACUGAAAAUAAUUUUCAUCACCGUGGCUUUUUUUUUUUCUAAUAUUAGCAAGGUUGUUUAUCAGUGUGAUUAAAUUGAAGAUGUGCAUAUGAAAGCACUGGAUACUGUCUGUUUGUAGAUAGUUGUAUUAUGGAAUAUUUUUAAAAGGGUAGAAAUGUAAACCUGCCAAAUUAGAUGAGCAAUAAGAUACAGUGAGAGGCCAAUACACCUGAGGAUGGAAUGAAGUCUGUUUGUCCUAUGCCUUACUCUGAGAUGACUUCUCUGUGCUUAACUUAUACCACAAGUGAAAAGACAUGUAUCACAGCUACUAGGUCUUUACAGUGCCCUUCUCAAGAAUAACCACUGUCUUUUUCUAGUUUCUGUUAAGUAACUCUGACGUACGUUUUUUAAGAUUUUGUAUAAAAUCAGUUUUCAGUAAAGUGUUCAAAUUCGCUCUAGAUAGCUUUCUUUUUUUAAGAAUCUGGUAGCUUACUAAAUCCAUCAUAGGAGCUAUGAAUAGGGGCAGUUUUAAAUUGACCUUGUGAUUUAGUGUACAUAUAUAUACAGUAUAUAAACAUUUUACACGAAUCAUUUAGUUUUUUAAUCAUUUUAGUGCUACAGGAUUUCAUAAUAUAUCUAGCCGAGCAUUUUCACAUUAUGUUAUGUACAUAACAUGGUAAUGUUUUACUGGUUUCUUAUACUUGUUUCUAUGGAAAGGUUGAAUAUGAGUAUCAUCAGCUUGUAGAACUGAAAUCAGUGACAUAUUUGCUUGAAUGUGAAUCGUAACUAAACUUCCAGGUGGCUGAAUGCAUCUCUAAAACAAAGAUUGCCUGUCUUUUGAUUAAUGGUUGUCUAUCCCUUUCUUGGCAGAUGACCCAGUAAUUCUUAUUUUUACGUAAAAAUGGAUGUAAUAUAAACAGAUGAUUUUCUUUAGUCUCUGUGCUAAAAAUUUUUAAGCAUUAUUAGUGUUAAGAAAUGGGCCUUUUAUUUAGUGAUAACCCAUUAUCAGUAUCGUCAGCAGGCUUAAAAUGAUGGUGCCAUAAAUACAAUAGUCAUUUGAUGCUUUGCCACAGAAGAUGGUAUUUUUCUGAACCAUUACUUAGUAAUGGCAGUAAAGUUUUUAAAAGGAAAAAUGCUCAAGGCAAAGUCACUGAGUUUUGCUGGUCUGUUCUUUUGAGAGCUCAAAGAAUGGAUAAACACAAUGACUCUGCUGACUUGUUGACAUGAAAACAUACAAAAAUAUAAAGGCGCAAUACUGGAGUCCUAUAUACAUUUUGUAGCUGUUGUUGUUCACAGUUCAUGUACCUAUGGAUGGAUGCAGUAGCAUUUACAAGUGCUAUUAAAAAACCCACAAAGGCAGUCUUUCUUUUAAUUAGAAGUUAAGGCAUAAGUCUUUUCAGUGAUGCAUAUCAUGAAGGGUGACUUUGCAUAUGUUUGAUAGGACGUUUAUAUUUUUAUACAUGUAGAUAACGAGCCACUUAUUCAUUCUUAUUUUCACAUGUAUAGCAUUGAAAAUAAAGAUCCUCCUAGGAAAAAGUUGCAUACCAAAUUAAAUUUUUGUUCUUUAAAUAUUAA